UGUACUCACUUGUGACCCCAGAGCCUGGUCCUCCGGCGCCCCUCGAGCGGCCGACACCUCCCCAGGAAGAGGAAGAGCGCCCUUGGCUCGGCCCCGCCUCCCGGGGCGGGGACCGCCUGGCCAGGUGCACACCUGACACAGACCCUCGGGCACCCGCUCAGGACCCCUCUAGCAUCGGUCAGUCGUCCGCGCACCCUCACCAUGCGCCCUGGGCGCCCUCCCCCACCCCGAGAUGAUCCGUGCGCAGAGCCCGGGACCACAAUCAGCCCCCAUUGGGACCCUCCCCCUUCCAGUGACGCUCCGCCCUCCGCCGCCGUACUGCGCAGGCGCACGGCCCGGACCCUUGCCCAGGGAGGCAGGACUGCGCAGGCGCGGAGGGCGGGACGCUCGAGGUGCGCCUGCGUUGCGCGGGAGAAGUCCUUACGCGCUCAGUGGGCGCCUGGGUGUGAGCGCGGGAAGAUGGCCGAGCCGGUGUCCAAGUCUGUGCUGUUCGUGUGUCUGGGGAAACACUGGCCUGGAGACCCAGGAGCCUUUUCAGCCAGACCUUCCUCUGUACCUGAAGGCUCUUGAAGGUAACAUCUGCCGAUCACCCAUGGCAGAAGCAGUUUUCAGAAAGCUUGUAACUGAGCAAAAUCUUUCAGAUAACUGGGUCAUUGACAGCGGCGCUGUUUCUGACUGGAACGUGGGCCGGUCACCAGAUCCAAGAGCUGUGAGCUGCCUCAGAAAUCAUGGCAUUAGCACAGCCCAUAAAGCACGACAGGUUACCAAGGAAGACUUUGCCACGUUUGAUUAUAUACUUUGUAUGGAUGAAAGCAAUCUAAGAGACUUGAAUAGAAAGAGUAAUCAAAUUAAAAACUGCAAAGCUAAAAUUGAACUCCUUGGGAGCUAUGAUCCACAGAAACAGCUUAUUAUUGAAGACCCCUAUUAUGGGAACGAGUCCGACUUUGAGACCGUCUACCAGCAGUGUGUGAGGUGCUGCAGAGCUUUCCUGGAGAAGGCCUGCUGAUGUCGCACCCGUGCCCCCGGCCCCCGGCGAGCCCCACGGGAGCCACAGUGAGGCCACAGCUGCUUCCUCGGUUGACCCUGUUUCUUAAAUGCUUGUAGAUGGAAAUCAGUUACUGUAUUUGGCAAAUAAAUAGAAAUGUUUCAUCCAGUUUGUGGGGUACACAAAGCGUUCCUGACGAGUUGAACUCCCACUUUGCCCCAGUUAAAAAAUCGUGGGACACGACCCCCAGAGCACAGAGACCUCCAGCAUCCCCUUCAGGCCGUGUGGGCACACGAGCUCCGCCUCUUCCUCCCUGAGUUUGCGGACCACCGACGGGGACGAUGCCCUCCACUGUCUCAUGACCCCUUCUCGCCAGGGCCCCCAUCCAGCCCAGCGGGCCAUCCGUGGGAGCUCACCCCAGCUCACAGUGCACACCGUUGACAUAGAAAGUGGGAAAGAGAGUUAGGUGUCCAUCUUUAGAAUAUUUAAUGCUUGCUAGUUUUUGUCUGUCUGUCUGUCCAGUUUACUUCACAGGGAAGUCCACUUCUUUCCAUUUGAACCAUUUUGCCUCUGGAAAUUUAAUUCCAUCCAGAAGGAAAGUCACUGUAUGCUGGUUUUGCUUUUAAAUGCUAUGUGACCCAAAUGUCAAAUGUAGAUGAGCUCAGGUGGGGAAAAAAUUAUUAAAAAGUUGGGAAAAGUUCUUUUAUGUUGGAAUGCUUAAAUAUUGAUACGUUAAGUAUUCUUUCUUUGUUGUUUGAUUUAUAGACAAAUACAGGUAACUUCUGUGCACUUUGAGGUAACUAAUCUAAAAUUCAUAUGGAUUUGUGGCAGAAAAGAUUGUUUUCAAAAUAAACUGGGGAGAUUAUAAAAAUACAACUAAGAUAGAA